AUGCCGUACUUGGCCGCUCGUGCCAUCAUGGAAUCGGGCGAGCCAAUCGGCAACAUAUCUACUGAUCUUUUGAAGCCACAAGUCGACGGUCAGAGGAAUGCGAGCGCUGUGGAGGAGUAAGUUAUCUAAGAUCUGUGUGUACCAUUAAAUUGAUUUUUUCGAGAAAUCAGGGUUUCUACAAUCUUUGAAUGGCCAAAACAGAUAGUCCAAGAACUGAAAAAACUUCAAAAUCAUUUAAAAAAUUUUUUUGCCAUUUUCGACCUAAUAACAACAACUUUCAGCUUGAAAACCUUGGUUAACGAUGUCGGAGGAUUCAUGCAAAGCACCGCAAGCAAGGUCUGGUCCCUGGUCGCGUUGACCGGCCGUGAUUCCUUUCACGUUCGGACAGCCAGCAUUGAUCCGGCUUUGAUGGAUCUUCAGCAUAAUCCGGACAAUGAACCUCCAGUGGAUGGUGGGCUGAAUCGACCCGACUCGUACGACCAAUGGCUCAUCAUUAAUGCUCCACUCGCCGUUUGGUUCAUCUUUAUCAUUGGCAUCAUCUUCUGUCUCUGUUGCAUUUGCAAAUCUUGCUUCUGA